AUGGUCAGGAAAGUUGCAUCUUCAACAAUACUUUAUGAGUCAAAAUUGCUUUCAAUAAUUAUAUAUUCUGAUGCCACUAAUUGUGAUAAUCUUGGUAAAACUAUGAAACAUCUCAUAUAUAUUACUUUAGGAAAUAUACUAAAAAGUUCAGCAGUGUUCAAAUCUGCACAAAGAUUGGCAUUUAUGAAAUCAUUGAAGAUAUUAUUUGAUCCAAUCUAUAAACAGUAUGAAGAUGGAACUAUUCUUGAAAUUAAUAAAAGCUAUAUCUGGUGUGUAUUGAAGCUAUCUUUUAUCAUAUCAGAUUUACCAGAGGCAUCAGCAUUUUGCACAACUUAUAAAUCUUACAAUUCGAAAUUACCUUAUCAUACUUGUUUAGUUGAAAAAGAAAAUUUAAACAAUAUGAAUCUAUCCUCAGAAAAUAUUUUAUUACAAACACCAGAUCACAUGAAACAAGUCUUAUGA